CGGGUCAGCACCGCGAACUAUAUAAAAUUCUUAAUUCCUAAUAAGAAACAGCACGUUUUGACACCAAUUCGUGCUUAAUUCCUUAAACAACGCUGACCCAUCAAAAGUCGCAACAAACCCAGUUUGUAAAGGGCAACAAAAUGGAAGAAGAAAGCAGAAACUGGAGCGAAUCGGUGGACGACCUCGUUCACAGAGGCGAUGUCGAUGAGGCCAUCUCUCUUCUUGAACGGGUGGUUUCGAAUUCAUCGCAUUCGGAUCUUCAAUUGUCCUCUGCUCUCUUCGACUUGUCCAAACUCUUCCACUCCAAAGGCUUCUCUCUCAAAGCCGACGAGGCUCACUCUCGCGCACUUGUCAUCAGACAACAGUCUCAGCAGACUCCAAAUCCUCAAGGUGAUUUAAAAUUUUCGAAUAAAAAAUCAGAGGAAGAAGGCAUUGCAGCUUCUAGGGUUUCGGCUAGUAAUGGGUCUACAGAUGAUGGAUAUAGGGGGAAACCUUCAAAAAUGCCUGCAGAUGAUUUGCCUCAUGAAAGUUGUUCCGACGAUGAUUGGGAAGCUAUCGCUGAUCGUGCUCCAGAUGAAUUACUUCCUCCUGAAUGCAUGCCAGGAGUUUCAAAACUCUCACUGGAGGAGACCAAAGUUAAAGCACCUAAAAGGCGUGGAAGGGGAACAUUCUCAUAUAGGAAACAUAGCUUGUAUAGUGACCAGCAGACUGAUGAGUCUAAUGUUGAUGACUCAGAAAAUGGAAUUUUGUGCCAUAGUUCUGAAGGAGACACGGAAAUUAGAAAAGCAAAAUAUGGUACAGAUCAUGUUCUUGUUCUGGAUGACUUUCCACCAAGUACGCGGACAAUUGACCUGGAAAAGCUAUUGGAAAGUUUCAAAGAUCGCGGAGUUGUGAUUCGCUGGGUUAAUGAUACAACUGCUCUUGCAGUUUUUAGAACACCUUCAAUUGCACUAGAGGCCUGUAAAUGCAUUCAAUGUCCAUUUCCCGUGCGUGUACUUGGUGAAAAUGAUGACCUUCUGAGCUCAAUUCCAACAAAAGGUGAGUGCGUGGAUUCUAGACUGUGCAGUGGGAUCAAGACCUAUGAUCACGUCAGUUGGAGCCUCCUUUAUUUGUCGGAGAGGAUUUGUUUUGGAGAGAGAUGGAGAAGAUGAAUUGAGUUUUGUAUCUCAAGCAUUAGAUUCUCGGUCCUCUGAAUGGAGCUCUGAUGGGGUUCUUUUAUAGUUUGAAGGGGUUGAGGCGAGGAGAUCCUUUUUCUCCUUUUCUUUUUCUCAUUGUGAUGAAGGUUCUUAGUAGGAUGAUGAAGAGUGGUGAAUUUGGGUUUAUUGUGAGGCUUUCUGGCGGGGAGUGACGUUCUUAGUUAAUUGGAGAUCUCCUAUUUUAUGUUUGCUGAUGCUACUUUGGUUUUCUGUAAUGCGGAUGUGUCUCAGAUGAGGUAUUUGAGAUGCGUUCCGAUAUGGUUUCAGGCUUCCAGUUUGAAGGUAAGUGUGGGAAAAGGCGUUUUGAUUCCAGUCGUGGAGGUUUGUGAGAUUGUCCCUCUUGCCGACACUUUGGGUUGUUGCAUUGGCUAUUUUCCCAUUUCUUAUCUGGGGCUACCUCUUGGGACUCCAUUGAGGAGAGUGGGAAAUUGGGAUCCUGUGGUGGAGAGGUUCGAGAGAAGGUUGGCAGGCUGGAAGAAAUAGUAUCUUUCGAAGGGUGGAAAGGUUACUUUGAUGAAGAGCAUUUUCUUGAGUCUCUGUACUUAUUUCCUUUCUCUUUUUCACAUUCCCUCUUGGCUGCAGCGGAAUUUUCUAUGGGGAGGGAACGGGGAGGAGUUUUAGCAUCAUUUGGUCAACUGGAAGCAAGUGUGUUGCUCGAUUCGAAAGGGUGGGUUGGGUAUCAUUGUAUCAGAAGUUUGACGCCUUUCAAUAAGGCCCAACUGGGAAAGUGGCUUUGGAGUGGAGAGCCACAGAUUGUGGAGGAGGAUGAUUGCAGGUAGAUUUGGGGUGGCUAGGGGUGGAUGGUGCUGUCUUGAGGUGAAGAUUACUGGUGGAGUUGGGAUUUGGAAAUUCAUCCCGAAGGGGUGGGAUAAAUUUUCUGCACACAUCAGGUUUCGAGUCAGGAACGACAACAUGAUUUGUUUUUGGGAGGAUAUAUGGUGGUGAUUGUUCUCUUGCCUUUUCUUUUCCUAGACUCUUUAGGAUUGCCACGGACGGAUGCGCCUUGUGUUUGAGUGCUAUCACCUUAAUAGUGGGAGAACAUCCUAGGAUGUGUGCUUUCUAAGGCACUUUCAGGAUUGGGAGAUUGAGAAAGCCAUUGGCUUGUUUAAGUUAUUGUAUUGCCAAGAGAUUGUGGGUGGAGUUCCUGAUGUUUUGGUGUGGGUUCCUUCUUCCCAGGGUCAUUUUGGGGCUCGGUCUUCUUAUAGGUGUCUAAUGGAUGCUCCAGGGAUUCAUUCUCGUGGAAGGCUAUUUGGGGUUCUAAGGCCCCUCUCGAAUUGCAAUUCUUCGCUUGGACAUGUGUUAGGGAAGAUUUUGACCCAGGAUAAUCUUUUAAGGAGGAGUCAGGUUGUGGUCAACUGCUGCAGCAUGUGCUUGAGAAAUGAGGAGACAGUUGAUCAUCUUCUUUUGCAUUGCCCAGUAGCUAGGGGCUUUUGGGUUUUGAUGUUGAGUUUGUUUGGGUUCAGUGGGUUGUGACCAGGUCUUCUAGAGGCUUGGUUGAGGCUUGGAGAGGUUGUACAGUGGGGGCCCAAGAUCGUGAUUUCUAGAGGGUCAAGCCUUUGUGCGUCUGGUGGUGUUUAUGACUUGAAAGAAAUAGGAGAUCUUUUGAAGGAAAUGAGACCUCUAUUGGCACGCUGAAGUUCUCCAUUAUUAGCACUCUUUUUUGUUGGGUUUUAGGGGAGAAAUUGUAAAUCCAUGGAUGAGAUAGUUGAUUUUGUGGAUUCCUUGAGAGUUUCGAGGCUCUAUUUGGCCUUGUGUCGUUUAUGAGGGAUGCGUUCCCCUUUUGAACGCUUCUUAAUACAGCCUUAUUAAAAAAGAAAAAAGAAAAAAAAAAAAAAGAAGAGCAAUUACAUAAUGAGAACGUUGAUUUUACGUGGAAAUCCUAAGAGGGAAAAACAAUGGGACGUAGUUCAGGCAGAUCAAAUUGACCAUGACAAUAAAACCAGGUUGUUGGUUUCCAGGAUGCUACCUCUUGACAAGACUGAUGCCAAUCUCUCUACUCGAGUCUCUAGGCUGCUGCUCUACUAGCAUAUCCUCUUGACACAAAUGGAUCCUUCGAUCAAUCAAAAUGCUCUUUUGUUGUUACAUUAGGAUUUUAAUUUAAGAAAAUUUACUUACUGAAAAAAAAAAAAAUUUAAGAAAAUUUCAAAAACAUCUUUAUUCUGUUCAAAAGGAAUUUUUAUGAAUCAAAACAUGUAAAAGCCUAAUUGAAUGAAUGCAUGAAUAAUAUGAACCCCACUGGCAAGUGCAUAUUUGAGAGUUAAAGGUCUCUAUCAAUUGUUUGAUUCCCAUGGUAAGUGAGUGGCCAAGUCUAAUGAAUUUAUUUCACACAAGCGUAAAUGAGAGUCUUAAUAGGACUUCACAUUCCAUUUGAAAGGGGCCUUUUUGCCCUUGAAUGUAGCUUAGAAUUUCGAAUUUGCCCUUGGACCGAGCUAGUACAACUAACUCUAACUAAUCCAAAAUUUAUCAAAAAAAUACAACUAACUCUAACUAAAUGUUAAAAUUAUCUAAAAGUUGAACAAAAAUUAUAGACUCAAGCCUUUGAACCAAAAGAAGCCAAUAUGAGUUUUACUGACCCAAGCAGGGUUAAUUUGUCGUCAUUGUUAUUGAAAGAAACCUAUCCAUAUAUCUAUAUGUAUGAAAAACUUGUGAAGUUGGAAUUGGCAGCAGUGGUAAUGUGACAUUAACAACAUACUAUGGACCUGUUCCAGUUGGGUUUAAACAACUUAAAUGAUUAUGAGAAAGAGAUUAUAAAACCAGGUUAUCAGUUUCCAGAACCCUAGAAAUGCCCUAGUUACCUCUUGACAAAGAAUGACGGCAAACUCUCUACUCUAGUCUCCAGGCUUCUGCUCCAUUAACAAAUGCACUCCUUACGUGUUGUGCUUCUCCACAAGCGCAUUGAUUUCCAUGGCUUUUCGUACAGGUGGUGUUUUGUUGUGUAGAAAACAUGGUGUUAUAUUCACCAUAAGCAUAACAUGAUUGAUGAUCAAUACCUUUGAUAACUCACUCACAUACUAGAUGCAAUGAUGAGUGUGAGAAAAUUCUCGCAGGGAAGUGCUAGAUCGCACUCUAAUAUACUAUAGAUGCUUAUUGUAUGCUCAAAGAAUGCUUGUCUCAGUUGCUUAUUUUCUGAACAUAGGUGGUCUUUAUAUAGAGUUUAGAAGCUUAUAGAGACUAGGGCUAAAAAAAAUAUAUUCUGUUCUAAUUGAAAAUUGAAUUUCGCUGUGUUCAUCAAUCCAUCUAGUGUCAAUUGAUCAACACCUUGCCAGUACGAUGGAUCCUUUGAUCGAUCAAAAUGCUCUUUCCUUGUUGCAUUUGGAUUUUAAUUUAGAAAAAUUUCAAGAACAUAUUUAUUUUGUUCAAAAAGGAUUUUUACGAAUAAAAACAUGAAAAACCCUAAUUGAAUGAAUGCAUGAAUAAUGUGAAUCCUAAUGGUGAGUGCAUAUUUGAGAGUUGAAAUUACCUUUUUUCCCUUGAAUGUAAGGUUCGGUUUCUAACUCUUUUUUUUUUUUUUUUUAGAAGUAAAAAUAUAUUAGAAAGCGUUCAAAAGGGGAACACAUCCCAAAAGCUAUACAAGUGCCUAAGCCAAGAAAGAGGUCCUAAGGACCCAAAGAACCCAAAAAAUUAACGAUUUCCUCUAUAGAUAUACAAUUUCUCCCCAUCACCCAACUAAUUAGGUUCAAUUUUCUAAUUCACCUGAGGUAAUACGACUAACUCUAUAUUUUAAAUCUU